AGGUAUUGUUCAAAUCAGUCACCUAUCGAACGUUGUACGGAUCACUCGUUGUAGGAUUUAUUUUCGGGUUCGAAGCAGGAGUUGAAUAAAAUUAAGGAUUAGUGUAGAAAUGACCGUUGAAGGAGGGAAAACGUUUGAUCUGGAUCUAUUGAUCCAACAGAUCGGACCAUUUGGAAAAUUUCAGCUGAUAAAUUAUCUUCUGAUCUGCAUUCCGAUUGCCUUGACUGCCAUGUACACCCUCACCUUCGUCUUCACAGCUGGAGAUCUCGAAUAUCGAUGCCGAAUUCCAGGAUGUGACUCAGAUAAUACCAAUCUUCAAGCUCCUUUCCGCGACUUCACAAUCCCUAAAGACGGAGAUAAGUUUUCCAUGUGUCAGAAAUUCCAUCAUGUUCCCAAUGCUACGAUAGAGGAUCAGUGUCAAGCAGAUCUUUUUGAUAGGACUAGACUUGAGGAUUGUUCAGAAUUUGUGUAUCAAGAUGAUGAGACGACGAUCCUCAGUGAAUGGGAUCUGGGAUGCAGUGAAGAGUGGAAGCUGUCCCUGGUUGGAACCAUUAACAAUAUCGGACAGUUUGUGUGCCUACCACUGACUGGUUACUUUUCAGAUCGAUUUGGGAGGCGAACGGCCUUUAUUCUGGGCAAUCUUUUCGCUGCGGCUUUUGGUUUGAUCCGAUCCUUCUCCACCAACUACAUCAUGUUCAUUAUCUUUGAAUUUCUGGAACCUGCCUUGAGUGCUGGGGUCUACAGUGCUGGAUUUAUUCUUGGAAUGGAGCUCGUUGGUCCAGAAAGACGAGUUCUAGGAGCGUUUUUCAUAAACGUAUUUUAUGCUUUGGGUGAGGCUCUCCUAGGCCUCCUAGCUAUGCUUACAAGAGACUGGCGACUUCUCAUGAGAGUGGCCUAUGUUCCUACAUUUAUCUUCUUGAUCUACCGAUGGCUUAUACCUGAAAGUGCUAGGUGGCUACUAAAUAUGAACCGAACCAGGGAUGCAGCUAAGAUUAUAGACUCAGCUGCGAAAAUGAAUAAGAGUCCCCUGACUCCAGAAGCCAGAAAGAUGCUAGAUAAUGUUUUAAACGCCGAACCUGUGGUUGAAGAAAAGGAUGGAAAGUUGAGAGAAAAGGAACCUGAAGCUAAGGAAUACAACUUGUUAUUAGCCUUCAAAUCAAAGACUUUAGUACUACGUAUGAUUAACUGCUCUUACUGCUGGAUUGCAGUAUGUUUCGUGUUCUAUGGCAUGAGCAUGAACUCGGUAUCCGUGGCUGGAGAUAAGUAUGUUAAUUUCAUCAUGAAUUGCCUCAUCGAAAUUCCAGGAGCAGGACUCUGUUGCCUACUAAUGGAUAGGAUCGGUAGACGCAUGAUGCUUUGUAUAAGCUUAAUACUAAGUGGAGCUGCUUGCAUUGGUUUCAUCUUCCUCACAGGAGAUGUCCCAGAAGCUGUUCACAUAACAGUCUUCCUCAUUGGGAAGUUCAAUAUCAGCAUGUCUUUUAUCACCAUCUACGUAUAUACUGCUGAACUCUUUCCUACGGAACUUAGGCAUAGUCUUCUAGCUGCUUGUUCGAUGUUUGGUCGUUUAGGUUCCAUCGUGGCACCAUUCACUCCUCUCUUGGGCAAAUACGUAGAGCCCCUACCGAUGAUCCUUUUCGCAACAAUGGCCAUCUCUUCGGGUAUCUUCAUUAUGUUCGCACCGGAAACACUCAAUAAAACUCUGCCAGAUACUCUCAAAGAAGCCGAAGACAUUGGAAAGUGAUUGGAUUUUUUUAUACAAAAAAAUUGGAAAUAAAUAAUUGUGAUAUCCUUUCUAUAUCAA